GUCAUAAUUAACUAUUUCGAGGAAUAUUAGGAAAGGCUGAUCAUAGUAGUGUAAUUUUUCUAAAGGCGUAGUUUUAUCAUAUAUUUUUAUAUACGUUGCAAAGUACAAUAAUAAUGGGCGAUGAAGAAGAAUGUAUAGUUGAUAAAGAUGAAUCAAAUGAACACAAACCAGAAAAAAUGUUCACACUAAAAAAAUGGAAUGCUGUAGCAAUGUGGAGUUGGGAUGUGGAAUGCGACACUUGCGCUAUUUGUAGGGUCCAAGUAAUGGAUGCUUGUUUGCGAUGUCAAGCUGAAAAUAAACAAGAUGAUUGUGUUGUUGUGUGGGGAGAGUGCAACCAUUCUUUCCAUAACUGCUGUAUGUCACUUUGGGUAAGACAGAACAACAGAUGUCCACUUUGUCAGCAAGACUGGCUUGUACAGAGAAUUGGCAAGUAACCAAUCGACUUGACUCAACUCGUUGUUGGAAAAUCUCCUAGCCCAAUUUGAAGUUUACUAUACUCAGUUCUUAAUCAACAGGUGUAUUUUAGUUUCAGUUUUUUAUCAGAUUAUUUUGAUGUUAUUUUUAAAUUAGUAAUAUUUAUGCAUAUAUUUGUUAACUUCUGUGUGAUAGUGAAAAUAAAUUUAAAUGUUAGUCUUUUUUUUUCUUUUUAGCUUCAGUUUAUUACUAGCACGUAAUAGUGUAUAUGAGGUUUGUGCAUAUGUCUUAACUUAAUGAAAUUCCUAAAGUCCUUUCAAGAUCUGGACUAUCAUUUUUCAGUAAUAUCAGUUAAUAAAUUCUCCUUGUAAGUAAUGUCAUAAAAAAUAUAAAAAUUAUAGAAUUUU